GUACGACUUCCCCUCCGCAGCGUCUCACGGCUCGAGUCCAAAUUCCCCCGCAAGAAAGGCAGCGGCCACUUCAAUUCCAGUAUGUCGACCAAGAAAAUCGAGCAGUGGGAGAUCGAGCGAUACUGGGAGAUCUUCGCAUCGCUAGCCAAUGGCCAGCCGCGUUUGAACAACUCCCAAGCGGCCUCGGUGCUCAGGAACAGUCGGCUUCGCGAUGAGCAGCUAGAGAAGGUCUGGGACCUGGCAGAUGUCGACGGCGAUGGAGAAUUGGAUUUCGAGGAGUUUUGCGUUGCGAUGCGAUUGAUCUUUGACGUUGUCAACGGGGAACUUCAAAAUGUCCCCGCCGUCCUGCCCGAUUGGCUCGUCCCUGAAUCCAAGGCCCAUCUCGUCCACGCCACCCGUGCUCUAGGUAGCCAGGAGCAAUUCGAACGGAUAGAAGACGAAGAUGACACGCCAGGCCUUAAAGAUGGAUUUGACUGGUACAUGAACCCGGCCGACAAGACCAAGUACGAAGAGAUCUACUCCGCGAACAAGAACCACCGCGGGGAAAUCGCAUUCGAAUCAUUACAGCCCCUCUACGAUUCCCUCGACGUCCCCGAUACCGACAUCCGCUCCGCCUGGAACCUGGUGAACCCCUCCGCGUCCUCGUCAAUCAAUAAAGACGCGACCCUUGCGUUCCUGCACAUCCUGAAUUACCGACACGAGGGCGUUCGCAUUCCCCGCUCCAUCCCGGCUUCUUUGCGCGCCUCGUUCGAAAACAACAAGAUCGACUACCAACUGGACAAUGCUCGUCCGUCGCAGAAAUGGGGCUCGAACGGAGAAUCGGAGACACGCUCUGGCCGGAAAGCCAAGUUUGGCGAUACGUAUCUGAGCCGAUUGGGCGCGGGCGGCAAAACGUCCUACACCCCCAAGGGAACGGAUUUCAGCGAAACGAUCCAGGACGAGGAGUGGGAGCGGGUCCGCUUGAGGCGCGAGCUCGCGGAGAUCGAGUCCAAGCUCGAUUCCGCCAGAAAGGCAUCGGAAGGCCGACGCGACCAGCCCAGGAACGACGGUCGAUCCAACUGGGUUCUCAUCAAGAAGGAGGCCCUGCAGCUGCUGGAGUACAAGGAACGCGAGCUCCGGGAGCUGCGUGAAGGCACGGGCCGGUCCAAGGAGGGCCAGAACGUCGAACGACUCGGGGAAGAUGUCAAGGCCGUUGGGGAGCAGGUGGAAGGGUUAAAGAGCCACCUCGCGCAACGGAAAGAGGCCCUGGCCGACUUGCGAAGACAGGCCGAGGAAGAGCGAGCAUCUCGGUAGAGCGUCACCUGGAAUUGAGCUCUCAAUUCCUAUCCUUUCUUGGUUCCUGUAUUGCAUAUUUCCCCCGUUUCCCCCUAUUUCUUGCUUCGUGGGAGUUUCUGCUUCUGACGCUUGUCAGUCUGUGUAUAGCCAUUUCUUUGGCGAGGAGCAUCAGGCGCUAAAUGGAUGUUUUCAUGUUUUCUUUCUUUCGUUCUUUUCUUUUUUUGUCUUGGAAUGAUUUAAAUUGAUUAGAGGAUCCACCCCCACAUGCUCCUGUUGUACUACAUAUCACAUCUAAUGUACAGUGCAUAAUUUUCCC